AUGAAGCAUAGAGCAGGAGCAAAUAGUCUGAAUUAGAAAGAGAAUGAAAAAUGCAUAGUCAAUCAAUAUUCAUACAAAUCUAGACCUCCUUUAUAACAAGAUUUAUUAAUGAGUUUGAAGAAUUAACAACUAAGAAAUCUGGAUGCUAUCAGUUAGAUUUUAUAAUCUAAAAUUUGUAAAGUUGAAAAGCGAGAUAAUGUUGAAUACUUUAAAUUUGACUUCAAAUAACAGAAUAUUUGUGAUAGGGUUAAAUUUCUUAGUAAUUAAGCAGAUGAUGAUAAUAAUAAAACAGAAAAUUUUAAAGCUUAAUAUAAAGUAGGUAGUCGAAUAGGUUAAGGAGCUUAUGCUUCAGUUAGAGUGGCAAUUUAAAUUGAGACAGGAAUUAAAGUAGCAAUAAAAAUAUACGAGAAAUAAAAAAUACGUGAUUUAUAGCGUCGUAAAGGAGUACGUAGAGAAAUUGAGAUACUUGAAAAGUUAGAUCAUCCAAAUAUUGUUAAGAUUAUUGAUACUGUUGAAUCAAAUAAUCAUGUAAACAUUAUAAUUGAGUAUGUAAGUGGAAGUUCACUUCAUCAUUUAAUUCGAAAAUAAAAUGUAUAUAUCAUAAUAUAUAAUUAGGAUAGAAGACUUGAUGAAGAGACUGCUAAAAUUAUAUUUAAAUAAAUACUGGAAGCAGUACAAUAUUGUCAUUCUAAAAAUAUUGCUCAUAGAGAUCUUAAAUUAGAAAAUAUAUUGUUAGAAGGUUAAACACCUAAAUUAAUAGAUUUUGGAUUUUCAACAUCUUUUCCAAUUGAUAAAAAAGUCAAAAUGUUUUGUGGAACACCUAGUUAUAUGGCUCCAGAAAUUGUUACCAGAUAAGAAUAUCGAGGUGAUAAAUCAGAUGUUUGGGCAUUAGGAGUUGUUCUAUUUACUAUGCUCUAAGGAAUAUUUCCAUUUAAAGGAGAAACUGAUGCUGAACUCUAUUCUAAAAUAUAAUAAGGAGAAUUUACAAUUAUUCAUGAUAUCUCCAAAGAAGCUAUUGCAUUAAUUUAUGGAAUGUUAACUACUAAUCCAGAUGAAAGACCAACUAUAAUUGAAUUACUUAAUUAUCCUUGGCUUAAAAAAUAUAAUUCAUCUCAUGAAAAUGAUGAUCAUAAAAAAAAACAUAAAUUACCUGAUGAUCUAAUGGAAGAUCUUAAUACUAUUACUAAAAAUAUGUCCUAUAUUACUCCUACUAGUUAAAUCAAAUAGUAAUUCUAAUUUGAUUUCUCACAUCUUAAAAACUAUACAAAACCUAAUUCUAAUAAGGUAUUAUUUAUCAUCUAUUUAAUAGGCUGUUAUUCCAAAACCCUCUUAUUUUACUACAACUAAUGCCUAAACUAAAUCUAGAGAACCUUAGUUUUUUAAAGUUGAAAAAAUAUCAACCAAAAAUGAUAGACAUACCACCACACAUUCAAAAGAAAGACAUCCUACUUUAUCUAAAGAAAGAUAAUCUUCAUAUAGUUUUGAAUCAAGUAGAGGCUUAUCAUAAAAAAAAAAUCCGCAUUAAUUGACAGUCCAUCCUAGUUUCAUACCCAGUGAAAAAAGCUUUAAUUCUUUCAAAAGUCCUUAAAUGGCUAUCAAUAAUAAUGAUAAGCGUUCUUUCAAUUUUUUUUAUAAUUGA